AUGAACGUUUCGCUAUUACAAGACGCAUACUUACGGCGUCUGGAAACAUUUACCCAACCGGAGGAAAGAAAUUUUCUGGUGGCAAAUGCUUUGAGGUUUAUCAUACAAAAUGUUUUUGCCAAACAUUCGAAUUCAUUCGUUUUUGCAAUAGCAGCAGCCGGUGGACCUUGGGAACUUUGCCUUUAUGACAUAAUGCAUAAAUUGUUUUCUACUUGGGGAUUUAUGGCAGUACAGUUGUUAAUACAUGAUCCCAAAACGGAACGUAUAGAGGUAUUGGGCAACUAUUACAGUAAUAUGAUUAUGAUUGAUUCUUUUCAAAGUUUGGAGAACAUAAAUUUAGUGGAAAAUAAGCAGAAUUAUGACAAUAUCGAAUAUUAUUUUAUUUUCCUACAAACCCAUGAUGAACUUGCUGUCCAUGAAAUGGAAUUAAUAUUUAGAUAUUGUUUCAAUAAUUACUGGUUACAUUGCAAUGUUAUGGUGCAAACGGAAAAAGGAGAAAUAUUAGUUUACACAUACUUUCCCUUUAAAGAAAAUAACUGCUUUCAAACACAACCGGAAAUGAUAAAUCAAUUUCAGGGAGACCAUUUUGUAAGUGAGGAAAUAUUUCCUGAUAAAUUAAUAAACUUACAAGGAUGUCCCAUGAAAGUAACAACUUGGAAUACACCUCCCUUUGUGGUAAAUAGAACCAAUAAAAGAUAUCCCAAACUGAAAGUAACAGGCGUAGAAGUUCUUAUAGUAGCAGCUAUAAGUGAAACUAUGAACUUUACUUUGGACAUAGAAUGGAUUUCAUUUUACAAAAAUCAAUCACCAGAUGCGGGUCUUUUGGAAAAGUUACGACAUCGCGAAACUAAUAUUACCAUGGGUUUCUUUCGUCGUACCAAUAUACGAGACAAAAUAGCCACGCCCACUAUUGUUACCUUCUACGUUCCCUUAAUAGCUUUAAUAUUACGCAAAUUAGCCUCACACGAAUCCAUGGAUAUAUUGACAUUUCCAUUUGAUGCUGAAACUUGGUCAUUAAUUAUUGUGGCUUACGUUAUAAUGGGCAUUAUUAACUCUGUUCGAACUAGAAAAAUUAAAGGAAGUAUUUUUCAAACCUAUGAAAUUAUUAUGGGUGUAACAACAAAGGAUAUCCCAAAAAGAUCUUCAACAAGAAUCCGUUUUAUGACAACAAUCCUUAGUUCGUUUAUAUUAAGAUCCGUCUACCAAUCCUUACUGUUUUUCGUGUUUCGUUCCAACUUCUACCUGGCCACUCCACAAAGCAUAGAAGGUUUAGCCACUGAGGGUUAUAAAGUUGUAUCCACCGAAUUGACAAUGCAGUUUUUACUUUAUGUACCUCAAAUCGAAAAUAAAACUUUACCAGUAAUAGUGACAAAUAGCUCCAGUGAAAUGUCUCCCAUGCGUUAUAUGGAAUAUCGGCGUAAUGAGAGUCUGGUUGCUAUAUCCAUUAUUGAAUUCGCUUUGCGUUAUGUUCGCGAGGAAAUGACUUUUGGAACAGCUUUACGAGUUUUACCCAUGAAAGUUAAAGAUCAACAAAUUGGUUUUUAUUUGGCAAAACAUUCCUAUUUAAUCGAUCGUUUUGAUGAUUAUAUAAUGCGUUUACAUCAAUCCGGUUUAACGAACAAAUGGCGUGAAUGGGGUAAUUUGGACUUUCAGGUUUCAAGGAAACGUGUAAACCCCACUGCUUAUGAUAGUGCUUUAAUGAUUAAUUUAAAUCAAUUUGCUGGUUUUCUAAAGCUGAUGUUAUUUUUACAUAUAUCUUCGAUAGCAUUGUUUGCACUGGAAUUAUUAUCACAAAAGGUGAAAUGGUUCAAAAGAUUUUUUUAA